AUGGAGGUAACAAUUUCAAGCAUUUCUUUCGUUUCCCUAGCCCUAGUACUCCUCCUUUGGUUUUUUCAUCCCAAGCCCAACAAGCAUUUGCGGCCUCCCGGGCCAUGGACCCUACCGAUCAUCGGCAGCCUCCACCACGUAUUCGGCAUCCUCCCACACCGCAUCAUGGCGGAGCUAUCUCGCCGGCACGGCCCACUGAUGUUCCUCAAACUCGGCGAGGUGCCCACCGUGGUGGUCUCGAGCGCGGAGAUGGCGGAGGUGGUGAUGAAGAGCAAGGACCUCAUGUUCGCCUCGCGGCCGCGCAGCGUGACACUGGACGUCAUAGGUUAUGGCAGCGGCAUAGGCAUCAUCUUUGCCCCCUAUGGCGACCGCUGGCACCAGGCCCGCAAGGUCUGCACCAUGGAGCUCCUGAGCGUGAAGCAGGUGAAGCGUAUGGAAGGCAUCAGGUCCGAGGAGGUCAGCAACCUCCUUAGUUCCAUCACCACCUCGAUUGGCACAACUGUCAACCUCACGGAGAAGUUGUCGGCACUGAUGAACGAUGUCAUUGCGCGGGCGGUGUUCGGAGGCAAGUGCGCACAGCAAGGCGAGUACCUCCGGGAAUUGGAAAAGGUCACCGCAUUGGUGGGAGGCUUCUCGCUCGUAGACCUAUUCCCGUCGUCGCAGCUGGUGCGGCUGCUGAGCUCCGGGGAGCGACAGAUGAGGAGGAGCUAUGGACGAAUCCAGCGCAUCAUCUCCGACAUCAUUGAGCAACGCAAGGAGAUGCGCGCUGCAGUCAGCUCCAACGACGAGGAGGACUUGCUGGACGUGCUGCUCAGGCUGCACAAGGAGGACUCCUUGCCAUAUGCUCUAACUUUAGAGGCAAUAGGCGUCAUCAUAUUUGACUUGUUCGCGGGUGGCACCGAGACCUCUGGAAUAACAUUGGAGUGGGCUAUGUCAGAGCUCUUGAAAAAUCCCGAAAAUAUGAGAAAGGUGCAACUAGAGGUUCGACAAGUGGUAGGUGGGCAACAAUCUGUCAUAAAUAACAAUGACCUUCAUGACCUCCACUACAUGAGAAUGGUGAUCAAGGAGGUCUUGAGGUUGCAUCCUCCCGCUCCUCUACUCCCCCGAAGGGCAAGAGAAGACUGUGAAAUCAUGGGAUAUAAAAUUCCUGAGGGCACCAAUGUACAAGUUAAUAUAUUCGCGAUUUGUCGGGAUUGCAGAUAUUGGGAUGCCCCUGAAGCAUUUGAGCCAGAGAGGUUCAAAGAGAUAAGCAUAGACACAAGGGGACACAUUUUGAGUUCACACCUUUCGGGGCUGGGAGACGGCAGUGUCCUGGAAUGUUGUUCGGCACAUCAACCGUGGAGAUCGCAUUAG